AUGUCGGACAGAUUCGCAAAUGUGUUGGCAGAAUGGUACAGGAAUGCGGGGAAAACUGGCGACGCCGCCUAUGAAGAAGUCGAGAAAGAAAUGAAGGAUAUGUUUGAAGAAUUAAGGGGGCGUAUAGAUAACGAGAUUGAUCACACAGGAGUGGCGAAAGCUUGUGCGCAGGUGAAAAUGAAUUACGGAGGGAGGGGACCUCAUAAUCAGGAGAAAAAAAUAUGUAAAACUCUAGUAAAAACAAUAUAUUGGAUGAAUGGAUUAGAUAAGGACGGUACACCGAAGGUGGACCAUGGCAAACCGGGCGAGAGGGAACUGAGGGAACAUUUAAGGUGUAUAGUAGGUUACAGUGCUAUGGCAAAAAUACUCAGUAAUAAGUGUGAAGUGGUUGACAUUAUAGAAAAUGUUCAGGAGACUGUGGGGGAUGUAAUAGGGAUUGGGGCGAAAGGGAAUAUUAACGAAAAAUGCAAUUCGGUUACAUAUGGGGAUCUUGCAUUAGGUUCCCAAAUUUUGCAGAAAAACUUGGGGGAAUGGGUUCACAAGGGUAACAGCGCAAAGAAUUGGUUAAGUACAUACCUUAAUUGGGAGCUGUGCCCGAAGAAUGGGAAAUGGAAACAUGAAAAUAUAGACGAAGGGCAAGAUAAAAACAAAGGAGUUAUGGAUUUGUUUAAGGAGAAAAAGGGCGCUGACUUAUACAAGAAAAUUGAUCCCCCUGUUGGUUCAACUUCACAAGAGAACAAAUUACAAGAAGUCCUACAUCACGCAAAAUCAUGUGGAACAGAAAGUGGUGAAAUGGAGAACUGUCUAAAGAAGAAAAUGGAAUUAAUAGUAG